AUCAAGCACGUAGGCAUGCAGACUGCUUCAACAAACAUUUGUAAAAGAAUGGGUCGCUCUCAGGAGCUCACUGAAUUCAAGUGUAGUAACGUGAUAGGUUGCCACCUGUGCAAUAAGUCUAUCUGUGAAAUUUCCUUGCUACUAAAUAUUCCAUGGUCAAUUGUUUGUGGUAUUAUAACAAAGUGAAAUCAACUGGGAACAAAAGCAACUCAGCCACGAAGUGGUCAGCGAAUGCUAAAGUGCACAGUGUGCAGAAGUCGCCAACUUUCUACAGAGUCAAUAGGUAAAGAUCUCCAAACUUCAUGGGGCCUUCAGAUUAGCACAAAAGUGCGCAGCGAGCUCCAUGGAAUGGGUUUCCAUGGCCGAGCAGCUGCAUCCAAGCUUUACAUCACCAAGUGCAAUGCAAAGCGACGGAUGAAGUGGAGUAAAGCAUGCCUGGACUCUAGAGCAUUGGAGACGUGUUCUCUGGAGCGAUGAAUCGCGCUUCUCUGACGUGAGAAUGGUACUUGUCUAACUGCAUUGAGCCAAGUGUAAAGUUU